AUGGCCCCAGAGAGAUCCCUCCUGCUACUCCCCCUUCUGGCAAUGCUAGUAGUGAGGCUGGUCUCAUCAGAGACCCCAGCAGAGAGGUUCGAGCGACAACAUGUGGACUCAGACUGCCCAGCCCUCAAUGACAAUGUCUACUGCAACCAGAUGAUGAGAAACAGGGGUAUGACCCAGGAGAGUUGCAAGGAAUUCAAUACCUUCAUACUGGAGAAUGUCCAGAAGAUCCGGGCUAUCUGCUGGAAUACAAAGGCCCCAUGCAAGGACCAAUUCCAUAACUGCCACAGGAGCAGCCAACCCCUGCAGGUUACUGAAUGCCGACUCAAGGGCAACUCCCAGCAUCCCCAAUGCAAGUAUAAGGCUACGAAUGUCAAGAAACAUAUCAUUGUGUCCUGCUGUGGGUGGCCCCUUCUGCCCGUGCACCUUGAUUCCUCAAAGAGUCAUAAAUGCCUGAAAUAG